UUUAUGGGCUGGAAGUCCUGACUUGGCUCACAGAGGCACACGGUGGUGGAGGAGCAGAGGCUGGAUGUCAGAGGACCACAGAGAAAUACUGUAAUAAUCCCUGAAUGUGAUGAACAUAGAAAACCAAUAAUCUGCAGGAUAAUCUGACGCACAGAGGGAGGCAACAAUCUUGGAAUUUGGAAUUAAUAUUAUAUUUCUACUCAAAAGGUGUGUCAAACAAAAAUGCAGUCCUGUUGUUCCUUCUUGCUGUUACUAUGCAUAGCCCAGCUGCUCUCCCCCUCCACUGCCCUGCCCUUCGAGCAGAAAGGCUUCUGGGAUUUUGCCUUGGACAGUCUGGACAGUAUUGAUAUGAUGGCCAUGAUGAAGGAUGAGGAAGAGGGCUCGGCCAUCGGAGAAGUUCCCCGGCCUGAUAUGCCCGUGUGCCCCUUCGGCUGCCAAUGUCGACUCAAAGUGGUCCAGUGUUCUGACCUCGGUCUGAGCGAGGUGCCAAGUAAAAUUCCUCCUGACACUAGGUUCCUGGACCUUCAGAACAACCAUAUCACCGAGCUUAGAGAGGAUGACUUCAAGGGUCUCACCAAUUUAUACGGCUUGUCUUUGAGGAACAACUACAUCUCCAGAGUCCACCCCAGGGCCUUUGUCCCGUUGAAGAGCAUGCAGAAGCUUUACUUCUCCAAGAAUCUCCUGACCACUAUCCCCAAGAACCUGCCUGCCUCCUUGGUGGAGAUCAGAAUCCACGAGAACCUCAUCAGGAAGGUGCCAGCUGGCGCCUUCUCAGGACUGGUCAACAUGAACUGCAUAGAAAUGGGAGCAAACCCUAUCCAGAACAGUGGAUUUGAGCCAGGUGCCUUCAAAGGACUCAAACUGAACUAUUUGCGCAUAUCAGACAGCAGACUGACUGGAGUGCCCAAAGAUCUCCCGGAGAGUCUCCAUGAGCUUCAUCUUGACCACAAUGAGAUCCAGGCAGUGGAACUGGAGGACCUGAAACGCUAUAAGAACCUGUUCAGGUUGGGUCUUAGUUUUAACCACAUCCGUAACAUCGAAAGCGGAAGUCUUGCCUAUGUGUCGAGGCUUAGAGAACUGCACCUGGACAACAACCGUCUCUCCAAUGUUCCCAAGGGUCUCCCAGACAUGAAAUACUUACAGGUUGUGUACCUCCAUUCCAACAACAUUGACAAAGUGAAGAUGGAUGACUUCUGCCCAAAGGCAUUAGGAACAAAGAGGGCUUUCUACAAUGGCAUCAGCCUCUUCGGCAACCCUGUCAACUACUGGGAGGUGCAGCCUGCAACAUUCCGGUGCACCAGCAACCGGAAUGCUGUUCAGUUUGGAAACUACAAGAAAUAGAGGAAGGGGGUUUGCCUGGAGAUGCAGCGUAUUAGGGGAUUGUUAAUAAACUGCAAAAUUAUUUGGAAAUAUUAGUUUUUUUUAAUUGAUUACUUGUGUUUGAAGAGAAUAAAGUGAAAGAAAUAGAAAGAAUGUGGCCAGUGUAGAACCAACAAUUCUUCCUUUGGGAGAAUGCUUGGUUCCUGCCAAAAUCAUAAAAAAAUAUACAGUAUAAAGCUGUAAUUUUCCCUUGCACAAUGUUGAUAUCUUUCUUGUGAAGAUUACUAGUGAAUACAUAGAAAAGCCACAUGCAAUAAGGUUUCAUUUUAAAAAUACACUUUUCAUGGGGGUGAGUGUUCUAAUAUGGGAAAGUUGAUGCCAUCUUGUCUUUAAAUUCUGCGAUCCAUGGGUAAUAUCUGAAAAUGUGUACACAGUCCUUUUUGCACGCAACAACACAAUUUACAGGAAUUUUAGUUACUAAUCAAACUUUAUGUUGUUCAUUUAAUGUUUUGUUUGUACUUGGGGUUCACAAUACAGAGCAGCCUCUCCUCAGCAGUUUUAAUUGAUCCGACUGAAACCCCCAGUCUUUUCUGUGUCAAGAGGCUCUCUUGCGCCAUUUAUGAAUAUUUCGCUCUGUGUAAAUAUCCCUUAAGAGGGCACACUAAAGUCGCAGGGUGUGCCCCAGAUUGAGCAACACACACACAUCAGCUUUGCUUUGGUACAUUAAAGGGAUAGUGUACAAAUAGUGCUGCAAACUAAAGUGACGUUCAUGCAUUGUUUUGCACAGUUUGAGCUCCAUCUGCUUGGUAGUGCAAAGGCGCUUUGACCAUAGAUGUGUUGUCCUGUCUCCGCUCUGUAAUCUGAAAAGCCUCUGCUGCAUGUGAAUAAAGACGUUUCUAACUUGCUGCAUUAAGCCAGAGAGCAACACCUGCAUUGAAUAUCAUAUUGAAGAACUUAUGAGGGUACAAUUUGAAAGAAUGAAUCAAAUAACAUUUGAAUAUUAUUAUUAUUAUUAUUACCAUGAAAGUAUAAUUGGAAUUAUUAUUUUAGGUAUACUUCGGGCAUGAUGUUUUGGGUCCUUGUUGGAUCUUAAAUUUCCCUUUUACACAUACUGGCUUGAACACAUGACUUUACAUCCAUAUUAUAUGUUUGAAUGGUGCUACAUGUACAUUUUUCCAGUGUAAAAUUUCACAGAUUUUAACCAAUAUUAUCAACAGAAUGCAAAUAAAUUAUGUCAAAGAUG